CUGCAAGCGCGGCAUUGCGAAUCUAGACGGUACUGGGGUUGUGUUUGGAAUUAGUUUACAGGAAUUAGAAUUAUAGCUAGUUCUUGCUGGACUGAAAUUAUAAACAAAUUGCGAACGUCUUCGAUGUCAGUAUUGUUCAAUGUAUCACUAACAUUGUGUCAACUGUGCAUUUAAUCACUACUGUGUCAUUUUAUCAUUAUCCUCGGAAUAGUCCAUCUGAUUCUCAGCCUUAUCCGGAUAGACACGUGAUAGACAGUUAGCCUAGCAGAAUGGACAGUGGUAGUGGCAGUGGUAGUCGUGGCGCCAGUAUACUCCCAUUGAUGAAUACACUUUUCACCAGUUCAUCGUUUGACUCCUUCGAUGCUCUCUACUCUCUGCUAUUUGGUCUUUUCGUAUUUUGUAUUAUGGCGCCGACAACAGAGUUUAUCUCAGCUGGUGUAACGCUAGAGAAUUUUUUUAAUCGAUUUCUUGGCAAUGAAAAUAUGCAUUUUGUUCAGUAUCAUCUGAAGAGAACAGUUAUGGUACGAAUAUUUUCAUCUUCAUUAAUAUUUCUUUACUUUAUGUUUAUGCAAUCGCUGUCUAAGAAUGUAGCACUAGCAGCACCAAAUACAUCAAUGCCAUUUACAAUAUGGGAUGUAAUUCUAUGGAUUGGUAUAGCCAGUUUAUCAAUUAUAGGUACACAUACUUAUCUGGUAUGGUAUGGAUCUGGUACUUGGUAUGGUCAUCCAACAAUUUUAUCUUUAAAAGAAAUCAUUACGAUGGAAUUAAGAUCUGAAAUACAAUCGUCAUCAUCGUCGUCAUCAUCAGCAGCAGAGGCAACAACAACAGCUGCAGCGAAUUCAUCGCCGUCAUCCUCCUCCUCCUCCCCCUCCUUAUCAAAUGGUACUCUUGAUACUACUAUGAAAGCUGUCAUCUCUUCAAUCAAUGCUGAAUACCAACGUCCUGAUAAAUUUGUCGCUGGACACGGAAGUUUAUCAACAAAUUGGUCAGGUCGUAGAUUUAUCGUCACUAAUUCAUGGAUACUGGCUACACGGCUGACAGAAUUUAAAAUUGUCAAACAGUCCUCAGAGAAUAUGCUUGCCAUUGUUGCUUCAGCCUUUUCUGUACUAGAUCCAAGUUCAUUGACACAAGGUGGUCAGCCAGAUGGAGAGAGUUUAGGUGAGCAGACAAUAGUGACGGUUAGAUUUGUACGUACAGAUACUGGAGUUUGUUUGCUUAGUUUUGGAUUACCUGCAUCGAAUUUAGAUGAAUUGCGUAGUAAACUUCAGUGUUCCCUUAUACGUGCACAAGGUGUUCAAUUGGAGCCGACAAUAAUCCAGCGUUUUAUUGAAGUAUUUACACAAAUUGUUGAUGAAAAUCCACCUGUUAAACUACCGGCUGAUUAUGAAUUGGAACAAUGCAUUGGUUGUAUGGUUCAUCAAGCCAAUGUUACACUGAAUCGUCAAUGUGAAACUUCUCAAACCUCUUCGACAUCUUCACCACCGGCACAAGCGGCUAAUAACAAUAAUAAUAAUAAUCAAACAGAGAGUGGUAAUCAAUGCGGAAUAUGCUAUUGUCGACCAUUAUGGUGUUUAGAAUGCCUAAUUCGUUGGUUCGCUUCACGUCAGACAAACAGUCAUCGUCCACCGAAUCAAUGGCUUUCAGGACGUGUACCAUGUCCAACUUGUCGGACAUAUUUUUGUGCUCGUGAUGUUUCACGACUUGUUAUCAGUCAGCAAUAAUCAUGUCAAUUGAAUUGAAUUGAAUCGAAUCCAUCCUGACUUCGAAGGAUGUAAAUUCUUCGGAAAAAUUGUGAUAGAUAUAUAUACGUAUACAUACGGGUGUGCUUACCGUGGUUGAUUGAUGGAUAACCCUUAUUUCCUUGCUCCUCCCUUCCCCCAUACCAUACAAUAUCUCAUUGUACACCUUAUUACACACCGUAUCUGGUUGUCUGCACACAAUUUGUAUGCUUGCACGUGUGUGUGUGUUUGUGUCUGAGUUCCUUGUCACUGCCUUACUUUCCGUUCGCUUUCUAGUAAAACAUAUCUGUCUGUGCGUGUAUACAACACCAAGACUCUGCCGAUAUGCCUUUAAUAAAUAAGAGAAGCACAUUUUUUAUACCAGUUUCAUAAAACAAAUCGUUUCUGUGUAUUUUUUCUUUCCCUCUUGUUGUUACCGCCUUUUUUGCUUUCUGUUUUGUCAAUAUUAUUAUUUAAUAUUAUAGUUAUUUUUAUUGUUAUUUAAACAAGCAAAAAAUUGUUCAAUAAAAAAGAGUAUUCAAGUAUAA